ACAAUUAGGAGAAUCAGUAUAAGCGCUCUGAAUAGCUGGAUGUGUUCUGUAGCAAUCCGCCCUCACACAAUCGGAUAACUUUUAAUUAUCUCAUUUUAAAACUGACUGGAUAAGUUAAAUUAAGUAACAGUGUAUGCUAAACGUCUUUAACAUAAAAUAAUAUAAUGGCAGACGAAAUUGUUUGUUCAAUUACCGAACAACUGAAUUCGAAUGAGCAGGAGACUGAAAAUGUCAACAUCGAAGGAAGGGUGGAGAUUUCACCGAGAAAAGUUGAUUUGGAGUCCGUAACUGAAAUGGAAACAGUCGGGAUGCAUGAAAUACGACGUGAUAUUCUUCAAGUGACGCAAGGUCUAUUUCAGAAUGAAGACGAUGACAUCAAUGACAGUGGAACAGAUUACUUGACUGGUGACAAACCUGGCACUCUUCUGCAGAGGGAAGAACGCGUUGGUGAUGUGGUCCUUCCGGACACUUUCCAGACCAAUCAGCUGCUGUACUAUGAGCGAUUUAAGGCCUACCAGGAUUACAUGUUAGGUGACUGCAAGACAUCUGAAGUGUGGGCCUUUACAGCCGACUAUCUGGAGAAGGUCGUGGAGCCUGGUGAUUGGCGGGCACUGUGGUGCACCGAUGUUUUUGACGUGCUGGUGGAGGUGGUGGACGUGGACUACAAAGAACUGAAGGCCAAGGUGGAGCUGGUGCUUCCUCUGCAGUGUGAGAGGAAGGGCUGUGAGCUGACUGAGGAUUCCAUGAAGGACCUCCUGGAGGCCACCCAGCACAAAGUUCCCCUGCAGGAGCUCCACGUGGUGUAUGACGACACUGGGGACUUUGAUCAAACCGCACUGGCCGUGGAGCACUUACGGUUUUUCUGCAGGCACAUCUGGAGGAAGUGGGACGAAGAAGACGAGGACGAUGACUUUGACUACUUUGUCAGAUGUGUGGAGCCUCGCCUCAGGCUGCACUAUGACAUCCUGGAGGACAGGGUUCCAGCGGGGCUUGUGGCCGAGUACCACGCCCUGCUGGACCGCUGCUCGCAGAAGUUCCAGGAGUUCUCCAGCCUGCGCAACGGCAUCAGCAGCGACUCCGAGUCGGAGCUGAACAACGUGUCCAUGGUGGAGGGGCUGAAGAUGUGUGAGCAGAUGGAGGCUCUCAAGCGCAAACUGAGGAUCAUCGAGAACCCGCUGCUCAGGUACGUACUGGGCUACAGGGGGAACUCAGGCCAGCCGUGCUACAGCGCCAAGGGCCCUCGCUCUGCGGGCGGGCGGGCGGUGCACGUGGUCUCCUCCUGCAUGACCGUUGGCCUCCUGCAGAAGCUGAUGGCUGACAAGCUGUGUCCCUCUUUCUCCGGGGAGGAGUUUGAGCUGCAGUUCUACAGCGAUCUCCUGCUGGCUCUGAACGCGUGCUACGAAGGGGACACUGUCAUCGUCUGCCCCGGACACUACCACGUGACCGGCUCCAUCAGCAUUCCCGACUCCAUCGAAGUGGAAGGAUAUGGACUGCCGGAUGAAGUGGUUAUUGAACAGAAAUGUAAAGGAGACACCUUCAUAGAGACCACCGGGGCCAAUAUCAGGAUUUCCAACCUGAAAUUCAUCCAGCACGAUGCCAUUGCAGGCAUAUUUUGUGUGCGCCAGGGGAAGCUGGAGAUGGAGAACUGUGUCCUUCAGUGCGAGACGACGGGUGUGAUCGUGCGGACCUCUGCUCAGCUCUCCAUGAAUAUGUGCGACCUGUACGGGGCAAAGGGGGCUGGGCUGGAGGUCUAUCUUGGCAGCAUCUGCAGCCUGGUUGGAAAUGGCAUUCACCACUGCAAAGAAGGGAUCCUGAUCAAGGACUUUGCAGACGAACUGGACACCAUGCCCAAAAUCACCAUGAUAAAGAAUGUGAUCCACAACAACGAAGGCUACGGGGUGAUCCUGGUGAAGCCAGAAAACGAUCCCCGUUUGGGGAAGACCGGGGCGCUCGCCACAGAACGCUGCCUUUCAGACGCGGCGGAGGACGGGAGUGUGGCAGAGGAGGCCCCGGACAGCGGCGAGCAGAGGGACGAGGGCCGCGAUGGCGGACCGCCCCCCGUGACCGUGGAGGAGAGCCCCUCGGAGGCACGUCCCCCCCGCAGGCGCAGCGGCGUCCCCCCCGAGUUCACCGAGGGCAACGACGCCAUCAAGAGGGAGCUGGCGGCCACGUCCGCCAAAAAGAGGCGUCUUGCGAGGAGCCGGGCCGAGGAGUUGGGGGUCACCCAGACGGACGACAGCCUGCUGUCCCAAGAGAUGUUCGUGUCCAUCGAGGACAACCAGUUCAAGAGGAACGGCAUGGGCAGCUUCGGUACCUUCCUGUACUGAGCUGCCCUAUGGCACUACACGCACAGGCCCACUUUACUCUCUCCCAAUGUGUAUAUAUACAUCACUACGUGUUUUUAAAAACUUUACAAAUACAGACGCACCAUUUUACAAUUCUGUCAAUUUCAUUUUCACACUUUAAAACGGAUGUUGUGGUUUAUUUAUGAUUGCAUGCUAAUGUUUGUAAUCUCAGGUUAUACUGUUUAGAUAUUUUAGGGGAAGUAAAUAUUCACACUUCAUUGUGUGCGCUCACACACAAACGGGCACUCAUCACAGUUUGAGUAUGAACCAGAUAUAAAUGUGUUCAUUUGAAUACCAUUUUGGGAAAUUAUCACUUCUGCAAAAUGUCUAGGAUUUUGGAUAGAGGUCAUUGGUUGUUAUGGCUUUAAGCAUUUGCCUUCUGUAAUCUUUUCUAUUUUAGGCACCUUCAAUUAAUGUUUAACUCCAACUGAUUAUACUGCAAAGGAUUAAACCUUGUCUAAAGCCGUAUUUCAUCCCUGCAAGGUUGAUGAAUUCUACACUUGAUAAUGUCCUACCAAAAUGCUACACAUUGUAUGCACUGGGUUAAAUCAGACCGUAUUCUGCACAGUUACUUGUCUGUGAAGCUGAAUUACAGACCCUGAGACCUAAUUGUUUGAAUGGGAAUUUCUGUACGUGUUCAUUUUGAAGUGUUACAGUGCAUUUUGAUAUCCCCUUGCAGUGUCCCUUAAACUUUCUUGCUUACCAUCCACAGGUGUGGUUUCAGGUGUCGGUGUUUUUGCUUUGCGUGUUACAAAGUCACAAGGUUGUGUCAACAUACAGCAAGGGCCUCAUACAUUCGGACCUCUGAUUUUUAGAGAUGAUUAUCAGUUUUUUGGUUUGCUGUUCUGUGCAUACCCAUGGCAAAUAUUCAAAUAAAUGUAUCUACUUUUUUCCUCCCAGUGUUGUCAAAAACAGGAGUAAAUGAAUAACGACAACCAAUCUUUGCACACAUUUUCGCACUGAUUAGACUAGGAAGGUUUUUGGCUUUUUCUAUGAAAUAUGCAUUCUACCAAUCUCAAAUAUUUCCCUCCUCAAAAACAUUGCGAGUAAUGUUCGGUCACACCAUAUAGUCAUAUCUUUUAAUGUUAGCCUUUGACUAAUCUGGGAAAUGCAGAAACGGUAUUAAUCUGAGUUAUAAAGAAUAUACUAGUUUAAAAGUUUUAAAGGGUUUUAUUUGAUGGUGUGGUAUGUGCUGUGUCUACUGUGUCUUGACAGCUUUUUGAUCUGUUAGGCUUUUUAUUACUUUCACAUAUCACAUAACUCCUUGAACUAAUGUUUUUGUGGUACUAAUUUAAAGCGGUUUGGUUUAAAUCCUGUUACACCGCUUUAUUUAUUGCUUUAUAAAUCAAACUGCGUUUGCUUCAUGUGUGUGCUGGCGAGAUUAUAAGAACAGUGCAUUAGCUGGAUGAGGAAGGGGGAAUGACAUUAGUAGCACUUAUUCCUUUAUAAAUACCCUUUAGUGUCUUUGGGUGCUGGAGAAACGGCCAUUACAAUGUUCAUCAAAAAGACGGUAAAUCAAGACUUUAAGAACCUUUUAUCAUUGACAUUGGCUUCAGUAAAGACCGCUCACAUUGGAUGUCACGUUCAGUCAUUAUACUAAUGUACAAGCUGGAAUUAUUCAUUGUAAAGUGCUUUUCUAUGUUGCUUUGUGGCCUACCUUUUCGGCAAAAUGCUCAUUUUAGUAGAUGCAACACAAGAUUUUUUUUUUUUUUUUUUUUUUUAAGUGAAUGAAUUUGUAUGCACUCGUAUGCCAUGACAUUUUUAUUUAUUUUACUACAAAGUAAUCAAAUUGUAUUCUGUAUAAUUGAGCAUAUUUAAUUUUUUAUUAACUGGUGAACUAGGUGGCCCUUGCUGCUGGUUUUUUAGGGAAUGGUGGUUGCUUUAAUGAGCCCUGAUUUGAAAGAUGCAAAGCCCAAACAAAACAAAAAAAUAUAUAAUAAAAAUAAGCUGAAAAGAAAUUUGCCAGUCUUGGCAAACUAGUUUUAAGCUGGUUUUUGAAAUGCAUCAAAGCUAAUUAAAUGCUUCUUUUUUUAAAUUAGAUUUUCUUUACCAGUGGUGUUCUUUAUAGAAUAAAAAGUGCUGUCAAAAACGGCUCAUGGUGA